UGGAUAGUGUCGGUUUACAGUAACAGAGGACAAAGAGAUUCGUUACCAAACAUUCAAGACUGUUGUCACUUUUCAGUUCAGUUUUUCGUUGCAAUCCAACAGAACUGAAAUGAAUUAAGCUAACAGCUCCAAUCGAAACGUGUUGGUAGUUACGUUUGCAACCAUUAAUGGGUAACACCCACCGCAAACACCGUGCUAAUUCCGCCCCACACAACACCGUUCCUCCGCCUUAUAAAUAUGGCACAACUCACUCACCGAUCAUCCCAACCCAAAACCAACCUUCUACUUCCAAUUCCAACAACAACAGCAACAUGCUCUCUUUGCCUUACGCCCACGUCGACUCCACUCUCCGCGCCCUCGCCGCCAACGCCGAGGGAUUCGGCCGCUGCGCCGUUGGUGGACUUCACGGUGCUCUUUAUCAUGUCACCUCUCUUGCAGAUGAUGGACCUGGAUCACUACGUGACGGUUGUCGGAGAAAAGAACCUUUGUGGAUUGUGUUUGAGGUUUCUGGCACUAUUAAUCUUUCGUCGUACUUGAGCGUGUCGUCGUACAAGACCAUUGAUGGGAGGGGCAAGAGGAUUAAGCUCACGGGAAAAGGUUUGAGGCUGAAGGACUGCCAGCAUGUGAUCAUUUGCAAUUUGGAGUUAGAAGGAGGAAGAGGGUCUGAUGUUGAUGGCAUUCAGAUAAAGCCUAAUUCACAGCACAUAUGGAUAGACCGUUGCAGUCUCAGUGAUUUUGAUGAUGGGCUCAUAGAUAUUACAAGAGAAAGCACAGAUAUAACUAUUUCAAGGUGUCAUUUCUCGCGGCAUGACAAAACAAUACUCAUAGGGGCAGAUCCCUCUCAUGUUGGUGACAGAUGCAUGAGGGUCACCAUUCACCAUUGUUUCUUUAAUGGGACUCGACAGAGACACCCUCGUGUUAGAUAUGCUAAAGUACAUCUGUACAAUAAUUACACCAGAGACUGGGGCAUAUAUGCUGUUUGUGCCAGUGUGGAAUCCCAGAUAUUCUCUCAACAUAAUAUCUAUGAGGCAGGCCACAAGAAGGUGGCAUUUAAGUAUCUUCAUGAGAAGGCAGCAGAUAAGGAAGCAGAAGCAACUGGUUAUAUAAGGUCUGAAGGAGACUUGUUUCUAAAUGGUGCUCAACCAGGGUUACUAACUCAGAAUGUUGAGUGUAACAUGUUUCACCCCAGUGAAUACUAUCCCACAUGGACAGUGGAACCUCCAAAAGAUGAUCUAAAACAGGUUCUUCAUCACUACACUGGAUGGCAAUCCGUUGCGAGACCAGCAGAUCAAACAGUUUGCGCAGACUAGAAGCUAAGCUGUUGUCCAAAUCAGUAUUAUCUGAUUUUCACCGACCCCUGGGGUUCUUCUGGGCAUAUUAAAUUACUUUAUAUGUGUAUAUAAUGAUUGCGUGAACUAAUAAUGCUUAUGUUGCAUCCAGUUUAGCAAGUUACUUAAUGUGCACUCAAUGUAACCCUGCAUUCAGUGUGGUCUCCCUCGAGACCAGAAAGUUACCAACAUCAACAACAACAACAACAAUAAUAAUAGUAACAAUAGCAUUUGUGGGGCUGAGGUAUUCCCCAGUUAGUUA